CGCACAAAUCCACACCCCACACCAACACAGUGGCACGGACAUGAGCACGACAAAUCGACAGCCAGUCAGUCUCCCAUACUCACAGUGUGUGUACUAGACACAAAAGCAAAACUGUGUCACGAGGGUCUCUACAUUCGGUAUUCUACACGGCAAAUCAACAACACCCACCAUCGGGCGUGGGUGUCGCGUCGUCUACGCGAAUUCACUCAUUCGUUGUCACAUCUGCACUUCAGCCACUGACUGCAUCUCACCCUCCCGCAGAGGUCUUCACAGCUUCGCCAGUGGCGCCAGCAGCCACAGGCGCACUCUUGGCUGCAAAGGAAGGGGUGGGGUCGGCCACGAGCGCCUCUAACUCGCGAACUACUCCCUCCCAAUCUGUACCUGCACAGCCACAACGAACGAUGAGAGAAGUGGUGGGAGUGGCGUGGAUGUGUGUGGAGCGCGUGUGUCUGCUCUUACAUCUGACUGUGUUGGGGUGCGAGAGGUCUGCCUUCUGGUUCCAGCCAUAGGAUUUAUCCAGAUCAAACAAGAUAGCCUGCACACACAGAGACAGAGGGAGAAUGGGUGCAAGCCAGGGCGACACAGUCGUGUAUCCCGUACGCACAUGCGAACCUUUUGCAGGCAGUGCCUGGCAUCCUCAAUGUAUGACGGCGCGUCGUCGACCAGCGCGAUGGCAUUCACCUCCUCACACAUCUCGCGCUUCGUCCUGCAGGUAGGCACGCCACACAACACACACACCAACACAAUGUAGCCCACAACUGGCAGCACACCCACAACGCCUUUGUGCGCACCUUUUCUCUUCGUGUCCGUUGAUAGAGAAGUGAUUGCCGAAUAGCACAUCCUCAAAUACGCCGGGGAAGUGGCGGUCAAGCCAGCGCCUGACCACAAAACGGAUGAUGCUCAGGUGGAAAGCCGGGUGCUCACGGUCCGCUGUGUCUGUGCGUGUGUGUGUGUGUGUGUGUGGCCAUCUAUCUCACAUAGAUUCCUCUUGUAUGGACGUUUGCCUUGACGUGACGACGACUAAGCGGAAUCGAUCUCGCAGCCUGUGGAUGCCUUCCACGGCACCUGCAGAAAGGGAAUGACGCCACGCCACAGGGGAAACAAACAACAAUCAUAUACGAGUGAGUGGACGAUGUGACUUGCUGACUUGCUGACCCACCGGGGACAAUCUCGAGGUUUCGGAAGUAGUCUGUCUCGAAGAAAUCUGCACCCAGCACAGCGCACCACACGCAGUGCCACACCGCCUGCACCCCUAGUGUCUUUCCCACCCACCGCGCACCAUGGACUUUCUUCAGCGUGUCAGCGUAUGAGCCGCCCCAGACUUCAUAGAAUAGGUAAGAGUGGAAGUCGGCCACCUGGUAGCUGGUGUGGUAGUGCUUGUUGUGGAAGGCUAUCAUGCCCUUCAGGAACUGACACAACACCUGCACGGCAGACAGACAGACAGGCACAACCACGUUGAGUGAAUGGAAACACCAGAGGAAGAUGGUGUGUUGUGUGUGCUGUGUGUCUGUGCGUCGGCCACUCGUGACACCUCGUCCAUGUCAAUGGCGACGAUAGGCUUGUGCAGGCCGUUCAUCGCCAUGCGGAUCAUCAACCAAAUGACGUCAACAAGCAAUCUUCUCCUAACGAGAUUCACUCUUCAAGAACUCUCCUGCCGCCUGGCCUGCUG